AUGCAGAAGUGUCUACACUUCCCUCUAACGCAAAUCUUAUUGAAUAUGUACAUAUAUUUUUUGUUCUAUUAUGACGAAAGUUCCACCUUUUUAAUGUAUGACCUCUUUGCAGGUAAGCGUACAGCAAAUAUGCCUAAACUCUCGCAACACAGUAUAUCUGAUCUGCAGAAAUUGGUGAAGGAGGUCACUUCUGCCUCUGUGGGGGGGCCUUCAGCCGAGAGGCCGCCAAUUUUCAGAUCAACGACUACUGUAUCCGAACAGGGGGGAGACUGUACGAAGUUACUGAAUAGAUCACCGCUCGCACAAGAUGAGAUUAUACGACAUUGCGUCAGUGAGAGAGGGACUGAUGAUGGUACAAUGAUGGGGAAACAGUUUCAUUACAAUUCCGUCCUUGUUUCGCAACUGGCACUUAGUCAGAUAUUAAGACACUCGAUAGAGGGAGGGGACAUUGAGAUUAUGGGACUACUAGUGGGCACAACUGUUGGUUCGCAGUUUAUUAUUACACAGAGCUUUGCGCUGCCCGUACUAGGGACCGAGACGCGAGUUAAUGCUCAAGCGGAAUCAUACGAAUACAUGGUCAAGUAUGUGAGCGAGUUUGUUCCAUCGCAGGGGUUGGUAAAAGUUGUGGGCUGGUACCAUUCACAUCCUGGUUACGACUGUUGGUUAAGUAGUAUCGACAUGCGCACGCAAGACCUGAACCAAUCUUACCAAGAUCCGUAUCUCGCUGUAGUGGUUGACCCGAAAAAGAGCGUCAAAGAGGGGACGAUCUCUGUUGGGGCUUUUCGUACCACCAAAAUAGCCAACGGUGAUGAGCAAGGUGAAUUGAAUUACUACCCGCUGAAAAUGACAGUCUUUGAUUCAUCCCUUGGCAGAUUAAGUCGAUCGUUAAAAUCUUUAUUCAGGGCAAACUUUACAUAUGGGGAAGAGGGAGCGGCUUCGUUGUUGGAUAAACUUAUAAGCAUUAUGAAGCAAAUGAAGGAGGUCCGGGAAUUGAAUAAACAGGAAACUGUCUCUGGUCAAGAGCAAGAACCGCGACAGAAGAGGGACCAAGAGUCGAAUGAUGGUCAUCGAGAAGUCCUAAAUUCAACAGCCUCAAACGAUGAAAUAUCCAGAAGACCUAGCGAUACAAGAUCCAGUUCGUAUGUCUCGAUGAACUCUGCCAACGAUGGGAGCGAUAUUGAGAUGGGGGACUGCGAAAGAGACACGGUCAGCCGUACCAGCAGUGUGAACACGGUAAAUGAGUCGGCCCUCCCGUUGCUGCGGUCUACGUAUCACCAACAGCACACGUCAUCACAAACGAGAACGAGGGAGGAUCUCUGUACUGCUACCCCACCUCGCAGCAACGUUUUACAGCAUCCGAUGCUUCGACACGCGAUGGCCAAUACAACACACAGUACGGACAAAAUUGCCCUCUCCAUCGAUAGAGGCCACACUUUGACCUCUUUCGAAAAGGCCAAAAGAGAGGCCAUCAAUGCCAAAGUACUGCAGUAUAUGAAACUACGGCUAUAUAGAGAUACAUUCACGUUGUAG